AUAGAUUAAUAUGCAGCAAUAUAAAUGUUUAGCAUUGCCUGGAUGGUUAAAUGAUGCUGACAUAAUGAAGAGUUUAAUGGCUCAAUUAGAAAAGGCAUUGGCCUCAGUGAUCAAAUUUGAAUACUUAGAUCCUCCCUAUGAUGUUAGUAAGAGUAUUUCUCAAUUACCAUCUCACAUAUAAGUACCAUAAGGAGUAGGAAGUAAUAUUCUAAUAUAUUUAUAAGAAACGCUUUAUAGAUGGGGGGAUAUCCACCUUGAUCAUUCAUAAGAUAUAGCCAACUUAAGGGCUAAAAUAAUUAAUGAUCCAACAAUCGUGGGAGUAGUUGGAUUCUCUCAAGGAACAUUAUUAGUGACAGAAUUAGGAUAGUUAGCUCAUACUGAUUAAGAGUUGAGGAAGAGACUUAAAUUUUUUAUGGCUUUCUCUUGUCAUGGCAUAAAAGCUAAGAAAGAGAUUUUUUCCUAAAAAAGGUUAAUCACUAUUCCAACAAUUUAAUCUGUGGGAACAAGAGAUCCCCUCUAAAUGGAGUCACUAAUUCAAUCUAGUGAGUUUUUGAAUCCUUUAAUCAUCCAAACUGAUUCGAGUAAGUGUUAAUUUUAUAAAAGCACACAGAGUUCCGAUUUUUUCAUUCGAGUAACUUAAGAAAAUUUAGAAAUUUGUUCAAUCAGCUUUAGAAUAACCUAAAUUAUGAAAUUUAUUAUUU